AUGUUAGCUGUAUCUGUUGAUGGCAAUCGCAAACACUAUCGCUUUAAAAACAAAGCAAGCACAGAGAAAAGGGGAUUACUUGACCAACUUUUUAUACAGAGUGAUGUGGAGGUGUCUGAAUUUGUGGACUAUGUCCGCAAAAACAGUGAUCACGUGUCGGGAAGAGGAUUAUGUGGGGCAUCACACUGGACAGCAGCAAAAGAACUGGCCAAGAAAUCAAGCAGCAAACUGGAUGAGGAGGGAUUAGAGAUUGCUGUCUGUCGCCAUGGCGUUCUCCUUAUGGCCUUAAAUAUGUUUCGAGGGGAAAUUUUUGCUUACCCCCUUUUUCUGCAGAAAAAACUUGCAGACAUGUCACAGGGGAGCAUCAAAUUCUUCUGUUCAGAUGUAGCCUGCAAAUACUUCCCAUAUCUCCAGCGUAUUUCUAAGCACUUCCCCGAGCUGCAGUCUUUACUGGACAUGCAUCCUUUUCUGUCAGUGAUGCAUGCCAAAGCACACUCUUGGAAAUGUGAGGUCAAGUAUAGUGGGGCCUACCAGGAAGGAGCUGGGUCAACUAUUGGUGAGGAAGUGGAGCAGGUGAACAGCUUCCUAUCUAGAAUUGCUGUUACAAGCAAAUACAUGUCAAAAUCAGGCCGAGCAGACAUGAUUACAAUGCAAGCCAUGUUGUGGAAUAAGCGGAAGAUUCUCAAUUUGGGACAAGCUCUGGUUAACAGAUAUGUAAAGGUAUAACUUUCUUAUCAGUCAAAUAUUGCAGUUGGGAUUUGUAGGUUUUACUAAUUGAUACCUAUCUAUUAGUGCUUUAAGCAAUGUA